GAGCGAAGGGAGGAGCGGGGCGAGCUGCCGGGGAGCCCGUGGCCGCCAAUGGGAGAGGCCGCGGGAGGCUAAAGUAGCGGGAGCGGAGGGGAACAAUGGCGGCGGCACAUGGGAGAGCCGGGGCGGGACCUCCAUCGCCGCGCUCCGGAUGAGGAGCGAGGUCGCGCCGCGGGGAGAGUCAGCCGUGCGGGACCGGGAAUCGCGAGCGGCGCCGUGGCAGGGCCACAGUCCCUCUUGCCUUGAGAGCCGUUGGCGUCGCGCGUCCAGUUCGGCUCAGUCCCUUGCUGCGCCCUCAGUCCCCUAGUGCAGAGCUGCUGCUGCUGCUGCAGCGGCGGCCACUCCGGCAAAAGGGCGGCGUGCACCCCGCGCCGCUUGCUGAAGCUGCAGCGCGCCCGUCCGCCCGCUCGCUCGCCCGCCCUCCCGGCGCACGCGUGUUUUGUCCUCGCGCCGGCUGCAACCAGCCGAGCAGAAAGCCUGUGCGCGAUGACCGCCUCCGUCCUGGCGGGGACGGCUUUUCCGCCGUCGCCUCGGGGCGGUGUCGGCUCAGGGGCCGUGGCUGCAGGAUCUCUCUCUGCAGCCCGGGUUCCGUGCGUUCGUUCUCCGAGGCUGGCUGAGGCCGCGGCGGAGGGCGGGGCCUGCUCGGAUGACUGAAGCUGUGCCAAGGUGCACGCGGUGGGCGGGGAAGGGGUCAGGUGCCGGGGAAGACAAGGGGCACUCACGUCCCGGGCGCGCCACUCAAGGGACUCCCGUCUGCACGAGCCCCGGGCCUCCCGCGCAGGCUCCAGCAGGCUGCGGAGGGCUGGUGCCCGCGCUCGGGCUCCAGGCUCCAGGCUUGGGUGCUCGCUUCUUUGUUCCCGCCCACGCGAGGCCUAUUUUGACCGACGGGUUCGCGGCUCGCCGGCGGCCAAUAGGCACGCGCUCCUUGUUUCCUCCACCCCCCCCCUUUGAAUCCCGGAGCCCCGCCCCUCCGGCUGCCCACGUGGUCCGGGCCUGCGCGGCUCGCCUGCUCGUCGGGUGUAGUACCCUAGGCGGCUUCCUCUGCAACUGCGGGUCCCAGCUCUGUCUCUGAGCCCCUGGUCGUUCGCUGUCGCCAGCGCCUCGGUUGUUGCUGGGCCCUCGGGAGCUCAAGACGCGCAGGCGGUGUUGCCCUCCUUAACCAAGGCCGAGCCCGUGGUAGCAUCCGGCAGGGAAAUGGUCGUGGUUUCCGUGCCCGCCGAAGUCACCGUAAUCCUGUUAGAUAUCGAAGGCAGGACCAGCUGGCCGGUUCCUGGCCCCUUGGUUUCUUAGUUUCCCUUUGUGUCCCACUGGGAACAGGCCCACGGCAGCAGUUUCCACUGGGACUUCCUUUGUGCUGUUUGUUAGUUAAGGAUGUUUUAUUUCCGUACAUCAAAGAAAAUGUCAAGGAGUACCUGCAGACCCACUGGGAGGAGGAGGAGUGUCAGCAGGACGUCAGCCUGCUGAGGAAACAGGCCGAGGAAGAUGCACAUCUGGACGGGGCUGUUCCGAUACCCGUGGCUUCUGGCAGUGAUCUGCAGCAGAUGAUCCAGGCUGUGGUGGACAACGUGUACUGGCAGAUGUCCCAUGACCGAAAGACCACAGCGCUCAAACAGCUGCAAGGCCACAUGUGGAAGGCAGCUUUCACGGCUGGCCGCAUGAAGGCAGAGUUCUUUGCAGAUGUGGUUCCUGCAGUCAGAAGGUGGAGAGAGGCUGGGAUGAAGGUAUACAUCUAUUCUUCAGGGAGCGUGGAGGCACAGAAGCUGCUCUUCGGCCAUUCCACAGAGGGAGACAUUCUUGAGCUCAUCGACGGUCACUUUGACACCAAGAUUGGACACAAAGUGGACAGUGAGAGUUACCGGAAGAUUGCUGAUAGCAUCGGUUGUUCAACCAACAACAUCCUGUUUCUCACGGAUGUCACCGUAGAGGCCAGUGCUGCUGAGGAGGCGGACGUGCACGUGGCUGUGGUGGUGCGACCUGGCAACGCGGGGCUCACUGACGACGAGAAGACAUACUACAACCUCAUCACGUCCUUCAGCGAGCUCUACCUGCCGUCCACCUAGAGCCAGGUACCCAUACGAGGAGCCCACCGUCCCUGUCCCUCGAGGUCACGUCCCACCGCUGCACUAAGGACUCACGGCCCAGCGUCCACAAGACUGAGGCCCUGUCCCUGCUCAGAGAACAGAUCCGGAGCAGGUGGUCUGGUCAGUCAGGAUGGAACAGUGCUACAAGCACCAGCCUGCCUCUGAGCAGUGCUCGGAACAGCUGAGGCCGUGGCGGGCUCCACUAACCCCCAGUGUUAUCGUGUUUUAUAGCUGCCUUUCUGUGUCUUACACAGUUUGAGAGUAUAUGUUAAUGACUAUUUUUUUUAAAAAUGUUCUAUUGAAACCAGUGUAACAGCACAAAGAGCUCUAAUGUGUAACACUUCCUCUGAAAUGGAUAUAAAGAUGUAAAUUUUAUAACAGCACUGUUUAUUCUGAUGCAUUCUGAUGGGUCAGUGUCGUGUCAUUAAUUAAUAAAGGCAUUUUCUUCUCAUA